AUUACCCAAGUUGCAACUCGGGAAUAAUACGAGACUGAAAGUCUCGCCAUUUUGCCUGAUAGUUGUCAGUGGUUGUGUUUGUGUAUAAAGUUGAUGUGAAAGUUUUCUUAUCUUUAUGAAAAUGAUGCUUUUAUUCACCUAAACAUUAUGGAUAGGUAACAUGAUAAGUUUCAAGUUGCGAUGUAUCGCUCAACUGUACGUGGUAAUGGCGUAACAUUAAGUUCUAGUGUAUAGUGAUGAAGGUUGCUCAGUUGCGUCUGCUGUCACCAUCUGCUUGGUGCUACAAAAAGAAUCUUCCUGGAUAAUUAACCAUCCACUUAUACGCUUAUAGUGUAAAUAUUAUCGCUUUGACAGCCAUGAGUUCCAGAAAUAUACCAACGGAUAAGAUUAAUCUGCGGUUGAUACUGGUCAGCGGGAAGACGAAAGAGUUCCUGUUUAGUCCCAGCGAUUCGGCGGGGGACAUCGCCCAGACGGUAUUCGACAACUGGCCAGAAGACUGGGCUGAAGAAGCAGUAGCAAAGGCAGAGAUUCUGCGACUGAUCUAUCAGGGCCGCUUCUUACAGAGCAAUGUCACGCUGCGGGCGCUUGGAUUGCCAUUUGGCAAGACCACUGUCAUGCAUCUGGUGCCACGGGAAAACCUGCCAGAACCUAAUUCACAAGACCAACGGCAGAAAAGCAAGGGUGGGGGGAGCAGUUGCUGCUCUACAUCAUGCUGUAUUCUGUAAUCAGUACCAUGGGCACCAGUACAAGCAUGUAGAAGCCUAUAUCCCAGUAUGAACUGGAGCAUCCCAAAGUGAUAAAGCUUGUAUAAAUUGGAAACAUAGGAUGUGGUGACCCUACAGUGGCCACGGACUUACACGCUGAUUCUGGAUCAACUGCUGAGCAAUGUGCACUGGGAUGGAUAAGUAUCUCAAGACUGCAAGUGUGAAUACAAGCAGUGUACUGGUACCACAGUGCCACGCUCAGUGUGGCUAAUUAGUCCAGGACUGCUAAGCAGACUGGAGUAGGGAACUGUCUGCCUACCUGCCUGCCAUAAGUCCUGUUGUGAGAUUUUCAUAUUGUUGUGAUAUUCAGGUAGUGUAACAGAUUCUAAGUGUGUAUUCGACGAAGCAAUUGAGGGACUGAGCAGUGAAAUCUGGUUGUUGUGCUACUCCUUGUGGAGCUACAAAAUUAUAUCUGAGUUCUUUACAUUCAGUUACUCACUAGGAGCAAAAUAUUUCUUGGUUUUUUUUUCCAUUUCAGCCUUGGAACUCUUUUGUUUUAUAGUUUUUUCUCUUUCUAGAAUUAUAUGUAUAUUAUUUGACCCUUAUUAUGCUUGAGGAAAUUGUACAGAAACUUAAAAAACUCAUACUUUUUCUGUUCAGAGCUGUUACACAGAAGCAUGUUCUCAGUUUAUCUGUAUGGGGAUGUCAACUGUGGGAUUUACUGGCCAAUUGACAAGAUAUGUGUGCAUGCUAUUUAUCAAACUGCUUUAGCCACAAAAUGUUAUAUCUUGUCACAUAGUAUUGAUGUAUACAUACAGGUCUGUGGUUUCAGUAUGACAUCUGGCAUCACUGAAUUCAUAUAUAUGUGCAUGUGUGUACAUAUACAUAUAUACAUGUACACACAUAUCUUUAAAAGGACUUUGGAAUGCUUAAGAAUUUUUAAAUUCAUUUACAUAUACACAACAUUUGAUCUAAAAUUAAAUGUUUAUAUCUGAAAGUGAAAUGUAUCAUGAUUAUUGAACUGAUUUAAAUUACAUUUUUUCUCAAUUUUAAAUAGGAGAGCACCACGCAUUAGACUUAGUUCUGACAGCUAAACUUUAAAUUUAAAUAAGUGGUGAGAGUGUACAAAAUUAUGCUUUGCUUUUUGUUGACCACGAUUGUUCACAUUGCAGAAAUUAGGAAUAUAUACUGUCUGUAGUGUACCCGGUUAUUUAAUGUUUGUUGUCACAGCAUGCUGAAGCCUAGGUCUGGCAUCGAAUUGAGUUCCAAGGAAAUCACUUGGUUACUGUACCAACUAUGUCGAAGUGGUCAGACCACAGGAGAUGUUCAUAUAUGGAUCCUGUUAUAACAGGAUAAUCUAUUUAGUCCAGUUUCUUUUUUAGCCAGUGGGAAAAUCAUGAUGAAUAAAUGUAAUGUGGCAGUAAUUUUUAUGUAGUUUAUUAUUCUGUUGAGAGGUUGGAACUUCUGAUGAAGUGCUGAGAUCAAUUUGUAUGUUUUAUGAAGAAAGAAAAAUAACAAGACAUAAAAAUAGUGGCCUACUUCUGUGCAAAUUAAUUAAUCCAGUGUUAAAAUGUCCAUCGUAAAUAACUAGAGAGAAUUAUUGAAUGGAGAGUUGGUACAUAUAUAAAUGCAGUUCAUAAAUAUUAUAAAGAUAAAUACACUUAUAAUAUAUACAGAUAUAUUAUCAGUUAAACUGUACUUUUAUCUGCAUGAUCUUUCCUCUUAAUUAUCAGAACGUAAUAAUUUUCUGUAGAAUGAUGAUUUGAAGUUUACAUUUUUGACAUUUACUUUGUUCCUAGUACCAACCAUAAAGUAAUUCAGGUACCUUAAAAAUGUUCACAUGUGUUAGUAUUAGCUAUUUGUGUCCCAAAUGAUGUUUUCUUCUGUCUCUCCCCUCCAUUCCCCUUCUCCCAUUUUUUAUUUUCUUCACUACUGCAGUGAAAUAUGUUAUUACCCUGUCUCAUGUUGGCUAGCCACAGGUGUACCAUAUUUGUUAUCAUCAGAUUUGGGUUGUAUGUGUGUGUGUAUGUGUGUGAAAGAGAGAGCUGAGUCAGGUUGGGGAGGAAUUGACUCCUGCACAGUGACUGUGCUUUGUGUUGUCCACUCUGCAGGUCAAGUUGUUCUGUCCAUGCUUGUUGUUCAGCAAUGAAACUGCAAAGUGAAUGUAAGCAUUUUCUUUUGUCAGAUGUCUAUUUACAUUCUCUAGUUUACUUGUAAAUAUUAUAGUACUAAUGUAUUUUUGUUUCAUACCUGGUAUGUGAUUUCCUCCAAGAGAGGAUUUUAUUCUACAGAAAUGGAGUAGAAAUAGAGAAUAAAGUUCAGAUCACAAACCUGUCUUUCUUUUGUGUGUGUGUGUGUGUGGGGGGGGGUAUAUUCAGACAACACUUCUCCUGUGUCCGGUACUCCAAGCCAUAUUUAUUCAUGUAACUCUCUCUGUUGUGUAACUUGCCCACCUGAUUUUUGAAGAAGAAAUAAAAGGUUGUUUUUUGCAGCAUG